UUUAAAAAAGAGAAUCUCCAGUCUUCAAAUCUUCUCCUUUUUUCCCCCAAAAUCACACAAAUCUCAAUAGUCAAAAGCCCCUCUCUCUCUCUCUGAAUUUCCGAUGGCUUUGAGCAGAGAGCAGUACCUCUACAUGGCGAAGCUGGCCGAGCAAGCCGAGCGCUACGAGGAGAUGGUCCAAUUCAUGGACAGCCUGGUCGUCAGCGCCGCCGGCACCGAGCUGUCCGUGGAGGAGCGCAACCUCCUCUCCGUGGCCUACAAGAACGUCAUCGGCUCCGUCCGCGCGGCCUGGCGCAUCGUGAGCUCCAUCGAGCAGAAGGAGGAGAGCCGCAAGAACGACGACCACGUGUCGCUCGUCAAGGACUACAGAUCUAAAGUUGAAUCCGAGCUCUCGCAGGUCUGCGCCGGCAUCCUCAAGCUCCUCAACGAUAAUCUCAUCCCCUCUGCGGCUUCCAGCGAGUCUAGGAUCUUCUACUUGAAGAUGAAGGGCGAUUACCAUCGCUAUCUGGCUGAGUUUAAGGUCGAUAAUGAGCGCAAGGAGGCGGCUGAGAAUACUAUGCUCGCUUACAAAGCAGCUCAGGAAAUUGCACUAGCUGAUCUUGCUCCCACGCAUCCUAUAAGGCUGGGAUUGGCGCUCAAUUUCUCCGUUUUUUACUACGAAAUUCUGAAUUCAUCAGAGAAAGCUUGCAGCAUGGCUAAACAGGCUUUCGAGGAAGCUAUUGCAGAGCUGGACACUUUGGGUGAAGAGUCGUACAAGGAUAGCACUCUUAUCAUGCAACUUCUGCGCGAUAAUCUCACUCUUUGGACGUCAGAUAUGCAGGACCAGAUCGAUGAGGCUUAAACGAAUGGCUUUAUCUACUCCUCAAGGAGGUGGGCUUGAAUGUCAUAAUCCAUCUGUAAUUUGCAUAUAUAGCACCUGAAAAGGGGUUUGAAGUUUAUAAUGUAUGUCGAGACUGAUUUUAUUCAUUUCUGCCUUCCGAAUACUUGUUAGUAAAAUGUGAUACGAUCUAGUCCAAUACAAGGUCGUCACACCUUUACGUGAUGUUAUUUUC